CCUUUGCUCAAGACAUUUCUAUAGCAGCCUAAUGUCUGUGCUACUGCGCUGAAGACGCUCUCCAGCCUGUCCUUCACACUGUGCCGGGAAAUUCACUUCAUUUGAAGUGUUUCUGAUUCUGGAUUGUAGCUGUAGCCGUUCGGGCAUCAUGGGCAAUGUAGGCAACAGUGCCUGGCUACUUCUGGGCCUGUGUUUUUGGGUGGUUAUCACUGCAUGUGGAUGUGCACCUUCCCCGCACAUAGAAGACUCUUCAAACCUCCAGGAGCAUGUAGGAGAUACUGAACAAAUGCAGAGUGAGAGCCGUCUGGGACGAUUACAGAGGAAACUGCUGAUAGAGGAUGAUGAACCUUUGAACAUCAAUGCAACUCUAAACGCCUCCAACUCCGAGAUAUCAGACAACACCAGCUCCAGUCCAUGGCCAAUACUGCUUGGCCUGCUGUUCUCCGUGCUGUGUGUGGCCAUUGUGAUCGCGCUGGUCGUCAAGUUCCGGAUCGUCCAGCGCUUCUUCGGCGGCUACAACGAAGCUCUUCUGCCAGAGGGCGACACGGCCAGCCAGUUCAGCCAACCUGGGACCCUCACUGGCAACUUCCCUGCCCACAGCAUGAGGGAGAGGCAGGAGUAUGGGGGUAACCAUGACGACGACGACGACGGCUUCAUCGAGGACAACUACAUUGCGGCUGGAGGCAAGGAGAGGGCAGAGAGAGAGGAGGAGCAAGAGGAGGUCACGGACGAGGAGAGCGACGAUGAACUGGACAUCCACUUCUCAAUUGAUUGAACUCAGGGACUGUUUAGUUAAAGCGGAAUUCCAGUGAUUUUUCCAUUUUCCACAAUAAUUGAAUGGUUAAGAUGUAAACAGAGUCGUUCAGAGUGGUUUGGUGUGAAACGCUCUGUUCUGGAGAAACUUACUGAGUCAGAACUGUUCACAGUGGUGGUGAUAGGAACCAGACGUCCACCUCUAAAAGCUCCCUCACAGAAAGUUAUUACAGAAAAUAGUUACUAAAGUGCUGCCGGAUGUCUGAGACUUUGUUUCACGUUAGUUUUGCAAUAAAGUUUAGGCCUAAAACUUACUGUUUUAUAGAAUCCAUUCAUGGUGGAGGGAUACAUGCAGGGCAUUGUGAGACGAAAUAGUCCCCAAAGAAAGCACAUUUUUUUAAAUUUA